AUGGUUCUCGGCCGGGCGAUGGGCUCCCAGCUACGCGCGCUGAUGGCCAAGGAAUGCGUGGCCCUCCCGGGUGCCUACAAUGGCCUCGUGGCGCGCCUCGUGGCGAUCCACGGGUUCAAAGGAGCCUACUUUUCGGGCGGGGCCCUGUCCGCCAGUUCGGGAAUUCCAGACAUCGGUCUGACUUCCUUGGAUCAGUUCUCAUCCAGGAUUAAAGAGGUCGUCUCAGUGUCGAACCUCCCUUUCAUCGCCGAUGCUGACACCGGCUUUGGCGAGGCUGAGAUGGUUCGCAAGACGGUGGAGGAGUACUGCUGGGCAGGAGCUGCCGGGCUACACAUCGAGGACCAGGUCUUCCCCAAGCGCUGCGGCCACCUCGACGGUAAAGCCUUGGUCCCCGUCGAUGUCUUUGUGGAGAAGGUCGAGCGCGCGGCAGAAGCUGCGCAGAGAUGCUCAAAUGGCGAAUUCAUAAUCUGCGCGCGGACGGAUGCAGCUGGAGUGCCUGGCGAAGGAUUGCAGAAAGCCAUCGAGCGUGCCACGGCCUACGUCGCAGCCGGAGCUGACAUGAUCUUCCCUGAAGGUUUGCAGUCCGAGGAGGAUUUCCGUAGCUUUGCCAUCGCCAUGAAAAAGUUGAAAGGUCCAGCACCCGACGGAGGACCUUUCCUGCUGGCCAACAUGACGGAGUUUGGGAAGACGCCCUACCUCACACUAAAGGAAUUCCAGGGAUUAGGUUACCACUGUGUCAUCUACCCCGUGAGCACUCUGAGGGCCGCCAUGAAAGGGGUCGACGAAUGCCUUCAAACUCUGAAGGACACCGGCAGCCUUGAGUCGUUCUUGCCCCGGAUGCAGACACGCAAGGAGCUGUACGAAUCCAUGUCCUAUGCGCCCCUCGAAGAGUGGAAGUAUCCGCCUGGUGCCGAGCAACACAUUGCGACACGCUUCGAUGUCAUGGCGGAGUCGAUUCAAAGCAAGUCAUAUGUGGAUGCUGCAAAACCCAAGACCAAGAUCCAGAUCCGUUUCCACGACGGCACGCGAAAAGCCCAGGAGUUCAACGAGGACCAUACAGUUGGCGACCUCCGGGCAUUUUGCGCCCAAUGUGUCGGUGGGCAGGCGAUGACCAUCAUGGGCGGUUUCCCACCCAAGCCCAUCGCGGACGACCAGCUCACCCUCAAGGACGCCGGAUUGCUGAACGCCGCCGUCACUGUCAAACCAGCAUGA